AAUGAAACGAAACAAAAUUUGUGUCAGUUUCGUGAUUGCGUCGAUAUGCCAUUUCCCUGUUUUUGGAGAAGAAGCAGUUCAUAUAAUGUGAAGCAUGAUUUCGAUUUCGCCAGAAAUACCUCAAAAACUGUUUCCAUAACAAAAACUUCAAGGCUUACCGAUGGUGAAGAAAUUAGUAGGAGAAGAACUGUGUUGAUUCCGAAAAAUCCUCCUGAAGAUGUUGUUCCAGGUAAAUCAUUGGAAGAUAACAAUGCUGUCCAAGAAAAAGACUUUGACGAGCCGAAAAAAGUUUCAAUAUCGUCAAUUAAACUAGAAGAAAAUGAGGAAAAAUUACCUGAUAUCUCUGGGGAAUAUGUCACAGAAGACAAGUAUGGAAAUGAAGAAGACAGAUAUUCUACUCAAAAAGAAGAACAUAUGGACAAGCAGAGGGAAGAGACUGAAAUUGAAAAAAUUGAUGUGGGGGAGAUUUCAGAGAAAAAAAGUUCAAUAACCAUUAUAGUCCAUCCAGCAGAAAAUUUAGAUGAAAACAAGGAAAAUAUCAAGAUCGAAAACGAGAACCAUCAAAAUCAGGAAUACGAUGAAAAAAAGUCUACAACUUUGCUUCCGAUCAAUAGUUCCAUUUCACGUUCUUCUUCAGUAGAAAAUGUAGAAAACGAAGGGUCGAAAACAGGAAGUCUUAUAAGUGCAGAAAGAUACAGCGUUGAUUCAACUUUGAGCGAUGCAUUGCCAACGGAUGAAAAAGGAGAAGAGAUAAGAAGAAGAUCUGGAGUUUUACCAACACCUGUACGUUUUGAUGAAGAGGUAGCCAAAAGUUUGGUCAAGUACCCUAAAUCUGAAAGCGAUGACAAAUUCAUAAAGGACGCCAUUUGCAAGAACGAAUUCCUCAGCAAAGUAAUAACAGGCCGUAGACUUCAAGACGUGGUAGAUGCCAUGUACUUCAAAGAAUUCAAGGCUAAAGAGAAGGUAAUAAAGGAAGGCCAACGAGGUGGUCACAUGUACGUCGCUGCUGAGGGAGAAUUCGAGGUAACAAAGAAGGGAAAGGGUGUGGUCAACGUGAUGAAACCAGGAGAUGUGUUUGGAGAGCUUGCAAUUCUGUACAAUGCUAAGCGUUUCGCGAGCGUGAGGUCCAUAACAGCUUCUAAGGUGUGGGUUAUAGAUGGAACCGUCUACCAACAACUGGUGAAGAAAUCGAAUAUCGAAGAGCAAGAGGAGAUAGUCUCCUUCUUACAGAACCUCCCAAUACUCAACGAAGCUGGCUUGGACGUUUUGAAAAAGGUGGCAAGUCUUCUUAAACCAGAGUUCUUUGAAACUGGUACUCCGAUAGUCAAAGAAGGGGAUAGAGGUGACAAAUUCUACAUCAUAACAGCCGGAUCCGUUACUGUAACUACUGAAAGCAACGGUUUCGAGGGUCAGCUCCAUAAAGGGAAAUGUUUCGGAGAAAAAGCGUUACUAGAACCAAUCACACGUCAGGCCACCAUAACAGCUGAUGACCCCGGCACCGAAUGCCUUACUCUAACCCAGAAACACUUCAUGGACAACUUCGGAAAAAUUGAGGAUAUCUCGAAGAUCACAGUGGUUUCCCAGCCUCAAAUACCAAUAGCAGACGUAAAGAAAAUAGUCAACGAGUACUCCCACCUAGACCUGAGUGAAUUCAAGAUUCUAAAGACUCUCGGUGUUGGCGGAUUCGGUCGCGUAGAGUUCAUUCAGCACAAAAAAGACCCUUCCUUAACCUUCGCACUCAAGUGCCUAAAAAAAUAUGAGAUGGUUCAGCAAGAGCAACAGGUUCACGUGAUCAACGAGAUGCAGAUACAGAUGACAUGCAAUUCGCCAUUCAUCAUUAGAUUAUACAAAACUUUUAAGGAUAAUAAGUAUAUAUACUUCCUUAUGGAAGUGUGUUUAGGUGGGGAUCUUUGGAGUCUGCUGCAACGUCAACCUAACAAGAAUUUCAGCGAGAAAGGUGCUCGUUUUAUUGCGGGGUGUGUCCUAGAAGCCCUGGCCUAUCUACACAACGAAGGGUUUGUUUACCGCGAUCUGAAACCAGAGAAUUUGUUGAUAGAUAAUAAUGGGUAUGUGAAGAUGACUGAUUUUGGUUUUGCGAAACGUGUAACGCCAGGUGUCAAAUCUGGAACGUUUGCAGGAACACCUGAAUACUUAGCUCCUGAGAUCAUUUUGAAUAGAGGACACGAUAAAGCUGUAGAUCUUUGGGCUUAUGGUAUCUUCAUCUACGAACUUCUGAACGGCAAAACCCCUUUCAGAUCUAACGAUCCCAGUUACAUGAAGACAUACAACAACAUCUUGAGUGGGUUAGACAUCGUUAUCUUCCCACCACAUAACAGCUCAAAGGCGAAAAACCUCAUUACGAAGUUGCUGAAAAAGGCACCUUCCGAAAGGUUAGGCAUAGAAGACAUAAGGACGCACAAGUGGUUCUCUGAUUUCGAAUGGGAAAAACUCAAGGCUUGCAAGAUCACUUCACCAUUCAAGCCUAAGCUCUCGAGUAAUGUUGAUUGUAGGUAUAUAGAUCACUUUAGAAGAGAUAACGAUAUUCCACCAGAUGAGAAUUCUUGGUGGGAUGAAUAUUUCUGAAUGACA